GGCAGUGCAUAUAUAUCUCUCGCUCGAUGGGUAUGGAGUGUCUUGCCGCCGCUCCGAGCGUAACACUCGCCAGGCACCAAGGGACUCCUCCUCAACCGUUUCAGCGCGCUUUUCGCUCACUCUUUACUAGGCAAACCGGUCCCCGAGGACGCCCCUUUCCCCUCAAUGCGUGCCCCGCUCGUUCUCCUCCUUCUCCUGUUGCUCCAGAGUCCAGUCUACCAUCAUGCUACUGGAUCAGAGCUAAAUGUAACAAAAGACGAGCAAAACAUGCCCAGCUUGAACAUGUUCAAUGUAUCUUCCACUGAUCGGUUAUCAUCAGGAGUUGAAUCUGAAGAGGCAGAAGAUAAUGUGAAGGAAGUGAGAGAACCCCAGUUCCUUGUGAACGAUGCAGGAAGAGAGAAACUACCCAUUAAGAAUCCAGCAAAUUUAGGUGGUGGAAAAAAGAACCCUAACAAACCCAAAAGAAAAGGAAACGAGAAGAAAACUAAAAGGAAAACUAAAACUCCAUGCGAAGGAAAAUAUAAAGGUUUUUGUGUUCAUGGUGAAUGCAGAUACAUCGAACAGUUUCUAAUACCUGUUUGCAAAUGCCACCCAGAUUACUUUGGUGAACGUUGCGUGGAACAGUUUUUGAAGACAAAAAGAACCAAUGAUGAAACAAAUGUCCUAAAAAUAGAAGUUGUGGUAGUAUCAAUUUUCUUUGCAGUGGUCAGCUUUGUCAUCAUUAUAAUUGUCAUUACUGAACAGGUAAGAAAAAAAUGCACUAACUAUAAUGAAAUAGAAGAAAGGAGAAAUCUUAAAAAAGAAAACAGAAUUCCCAGUAGUAAUGUCUAAAAAGAAUGAAGAUAAUAAAAGAAGCCAUCGCUGAAGCAUGUACUAAUUUAUGGAGGCAUCUCUGAAAAAUUCAAAUCAAGAAAUCAAGAAUUCAGUUAACUUUAUUUGCCAGCAAGCCAGAGGUGUGCUGCAAGGAGGGUGGUCCUUUUUUUUUUUUCUUGGCAAUUGCCAGCAUGUGACCGCACAUGCAGGAGUGAACAGCUUUGGUUUCACAGCAGCAGUCAGCACAUCAGUCAGUGCUACUCAGUUGUAGGAGAAUACCGAAUGGCCGCUGCCCCACAUACUUCUUUUUUGCACAUGUUACCUUUGGCAGAGAUGAACUGAUCGAGAGAGUAUCUGAGAAAGCAUGAAUUUGAAAGGCCCUUGUGAUUGUAUUCUUUGCUGUGUUCCACACACACCCAUGAAGGUGAAAGGCAGAAAUGGAGCUGGCUUUGAGUAAGUCUCUCACGCUGCUUAAAGAGCUCAAUGACUCCUAACCGGGACAAAUGGUUCAGGGUGUGCCUCGUUUCUCCCACGCCUCCAACCUUGUCAUCUGGAGGAUUCCCGCUUGCUCGAUGAAAAUGUGCCAGGCCAGAAGUGCCAGUGUUGAAUGCAGUUUUGUCUCAUUGGAAAGUACAUAAGCAAUUGGAGCAGCUUCCAAGUUGUUGUUCUGGUUUCAAAACAUUGGGGAGAUGCAAUCAGUUUGCAAAACUAUCAACCAACAGAGUUAUUUGUUGGUGGCUUUGUUUCCUGAGAUUAGUCUAGUCCUUAACAUCUGCAACAUAACUAUUCCAGAAUGUUCAGUUUUCCCUUUAAUGUUUUAAAGUGGGGAGUGACUUACUAUCCAAGCAAUAAGAAUUGUGAGAUUCUUCCCUAGGAUGAACAAGCAUUGCUCUGAGCCAAGCUUUUGCUGAAAUUGAACAUCUUCUACCAUAUAAGAGCAAAUAAUGAAACUCUCUCUGUGUGUGUGUAUGUGUGUGUGUGUGUGUGUGUGUGAGACAGAUACAAUAUUUAUUGAACAAAACAAAGAUCAAAACAAAGAUACUGUACUAUCAACUUCCAUGGGAUUUUUCUUUAAAGAGUAUUAAAGAGCAAGAUAAAGCAUCUUGAAUUUAGUUUGCAAUAUUAUUAGCUUCAAUGUUUUCUCUACAGAUAUAAAUUGCUUCUACAAAGAGGCACCUUUAAUUCAAGUUAUAAUUCUAUGCACAUGUUUAGAUAAACUAUGAAAUGUAAUGGGACAUAUCAGAAUAAUCUACAUAGCCUUAUGUUAAUUUACAGUAGCUUAUGUGUAAGAUAAACAUAGCUUUUAGAUUUUUUUUAAUGUAAAUAUGUAAGUAUAGAGGUUUUCUAUUUCUGUAAAUGUGAUUCUUAUUUAAUAUAUUCACACAACUCAAUGACUUAUUUAUUUUAUAAUU